GCGUGCAUACUCGGCUCCUUUUUAUACCCUUGAGUCUUUCUCUCUCCUCUCUCCUCUCUCCUCUCUCCUCUUCCUUCUCUCUUGUCUCUCUCCUCUCUCCCCAUCCGAAGAAAGAACCCUAACCCAGUAACCCGGCUAAUUCCCGUUCUUCGUCAGGUGUGUAAUGAGGAACGUAAUGUCGGACCGAGAACGGGUUGAAGUUUGUGAAUUCAUCUCUGAUUAACAAGUUUUUGGCUUCCUUUUUCGUUUCUCUUUUUUGUUGUUAAUUUAGUUCUCCGAUGGACGGUGAUGGCGGUCUCAAUAUGCGUAAUUGGGGUUAUUAUGAUCCCCCAAUGAAGCAUCUGAACUUGCAGCUCAUGUCUAGCAUAGCGGACCGGAAACCGCUUCUCGGAGGUCGGGAGUCAGCUUUAAUUGCGAACACCAAUGCUGGGUUUCACCAGAGGGAUUAUGGGGUUCCAAGCUCCCACUAUCACGUUGAUUACAUGAGGGAUACUUGGAUCAAUAGAGAGAAUAAAUUUUUUAAUAUGUUACCCAGUGGCCAUAGUUAUGGUGUUCCUACUGAGACUGCCCCUACCCAUCACCCCCCUAUGCAAAUGCUUCGACAACCCGAAUCCUCAAAUGAGGAGAGGAUGAUUCGAACAGAGCCGGUUGAGAUCAAUAAUGGCCCUUUGAAAAAGAGAUCAGCUGGAAAAUCUGAAAAAGCUCCUAAAACGAAGAAACCAAAGAAAACCCCCAGCGGCCCAAAGGAUGGGGGCAGUGGUUCGGCUCAACGAGCUAAGUCUGCAAAGAAAACCACUGAAGUUGUUAUAAAUGGGAUCGAUAUGGAUAUUUCUACUAUUCCUAUACCGGUUUGUUCUUGCACUGGGACACCUCAACAAUGUUAUCGAUGGGGUUCUGGUGGGUGGCAGUCGGCAUGUUGCACAACUAGUAUGUCAAUGUACCCCUUGCCAAUGAGUGCUAAACGACGUGGUGCGAGGAUAGCUGGGAGAAAGAUGAGUUUGGGGGCAUUUAAGAAGGUGUUGGAAAAGUUAGCGGCCGAAGGUUAUAACUUUUCUAACUCUAUUGAUUUGAGGACUCAUUGGGCUAAACACGGUACCAACAAGUUUGUCACAAUCAGGUAGGUGUACAAUUCAGAUUCUACAAUUGGCCUCACUUUGCGAUCGGCCUGCUUCUCAUGUACAUAUGUAUGUCGCCUGAAACUGAGGCUCGUUUAAACGGUUUGUAGUCCUUGAAUUAUCUUUUUCCAUGUUACAUGUUUUUGCAAUUCUCUACCUUUGGGGAUCUAAGAUUUGUUGUUUCAUUCUCGGUUCUGCUUGUAGUUUUAGGGAUUCCACUAAUGUACGGCUGCCUGUUUAGCGAAGUAGUGGACGAGAUUUUAUUUAUUUCUUCGUUGGAGCAUAAGCUUCAUAGUUGACAGUAUCAUGUUAACAGAUUAACUAUCAUCCUUAUAAAGGUUUAUUUCUGCUGACCAUUCCAUAUGGUA